UAUUUUACAUUGUUAUGUAAAUGUUUAUUUACUCAAUUAAUUAAUAAAGAAGUUAAGUAACCAUAAAUGUUAUCUAUGGAUUAAGGUUAAUUUUGGAAACCUGGCAACAGUGGAAUUGACAUUGUGCUAUAACAAAAAAUAUAAAUGGCUUGUUGAUAAAAAAAGAGGAAACACGAAGUUUAUUAUGUACAUUUCAAACCAUUUUUAAUGAAAAAAAUAAUUGAAAAUUAGUAAUGACACUUAAUGAUCCAGCAGCGCGAAAGCUGGCGUUAAAACGGAAAAACGCAAAAUUAGCAGCAGCUUUUCCAAAUGGUAUAAGAUGUCAGAAAUGUCUAGAAUACGGUCAUUGGAGUUACGAAUGCAAAGGGAAAAGGAAAUAUUUGCAUAGAGAUUCUAGAACAAGACUACUAAAUAAAAACAUGCAAACUAAGGCAAAAGAAAAUGACGCAAAGAAAAUAAAGAACGAAGGAUACCAGUCACAACCUAAAAAACGUAAAAAACCAAAGAUUUCUGAAAGUAGUAGUUCUAGUACUAGUAGCUCUAGCAGCAGCAGCAGUAGCAGCAGUAGUAGUAGUAUUAGUAGUAGCUCAGAGUCAAGCAGUGACUCCGAUACGUCUUCAAGUAGCGACUCAGACUCCAAUUCAGAUACCAGUUCCAGUUCUUCUACUAGCUCUUCCUCGUCAUCAUCCUCUUCAACUUCAUCUUCCCAUAAAAAGAAAAAAACAACUCAAUAAAUAAGUACUAUUAUAUUUAAAUAUUUGUACAUAGUAUUACGAAUAUAAACGUAUUUUCAGUAAAUUUUAUUUCUAAAUAAGAUUUUUAUGUUGUUUCAAAAUAU